GGCGACCACUCGACCAUCUUACUUUCUUUGCGAGAUUGGAUCCUAGUUAAUCGUAGUCGGUUUGGAAGGUUCUCCAAUCGUCAAUCGCGAGCCUCUGGGUCUCCUACCGGAUCCUCUUCGAUGCCUCCAGCGCGUGCGGCUCAGGAAGAAUUCCAUCUGUGCUCCUCCCGUGAUAAUGCUUUGGUGGUGGACGCUUCGCACAGACCGUCGCCAACCCCUCCCGGUGUCGCAACGUCCUGGGAGGAUACACGUCGGGUCGGCGCGCUCGCAGAUAGCGCCGACCGAGAGGCUGGCAUCCUUACGAAGGAAAUUGAUCGACUUCAAGCCCCCCUCGUCAGCAUGGAAUAUCACAGGGAUCAGGCGGUCGCCUUCUCUGCUCAGCAGCGCGCCCAUAUCUCCUCCAUCCAGUUUCUACCCACAGAAACCCUGGUGCAGAUACUUGGCUACGUCUGUGCCGAAGUUCAAUUCAGUAUACUCCACCCAGAGUAUCCGGCUAUCGUCGUCAGCCAGGUUUGCCAGCGGUGGCGGAAUAUUCUCACCAACUCGGCGUCGCUCUGGGCUCCCGAAACAACCAUCUCCAUCGUGGUUUUGGGUUGGCGAGCCAGAACCUACGUAUCCACAAUCAAGAAGCGAGCUUCGAUGAUGCGGAGCGCUCUUGACCACUAUGUGCGACGUUCUAGGGGAAGGCCACUCGAUAUCCGCUUUGUUGGCAGCAAAAGAUUCCUUGAUCAUGACGCUGCGCAGGUCGGUGCAAUAUGCAAAUGCCUGGCAGCGCAUGCUUCUCUGUGGCGCUCAUUGCAUGGAGUGCCAAUGAACAUGUUCGCCGAGCUGUGGGACCUCGUGCAGAGCCCAAUACUCGAGAGGCUCGAGAGCCUACACCUGGAUUGGUGUCAUCCAAACAAAUAUCCUUCCGGCGAUGCACUGGUGUCGCCGAAGCAUACCCCUCGCCUUCGCAAGGUCACAGCACCGCAGGUGUGCAAGUUGGACCUGCUUUGGGGACAACUUACGGAAAUCCACGUCAAUGAAUGGAUGGGACUGUAUCUGCCGCAGAAACAAGCGCUGCAGUCUUGCGUUCGACUGGAGUCCCUUCGCCUCGCGAUUUCAGAUACCGAUGGGAGUCUCGAAAGACCUAUCCCCUCCGUUCUACCCAAGCUGUCGUGGCUGCAUAUCGAUUGCUCCACCUUAGAAACCGGCGUAGAAUUCUUCGCUUGCUUCGAUGCGCCCUCGCUGACCCAUCUCACCCUCCGAGGAGCUGAUGACGGGGUACCAAACCCAGAAUCUCGGGAUUUUUAUCUCUUGGAUAUCGAUCGCGAUUCGGAGGAGGAUACUCUCGCCAUCAUGAAGGACUUCACAGAGCGGUCCCAGUGCCGCCUCACGCACUUGGCACUCUUCUCUGUUGCAUUCCCCGCCGCCUUCCUGUUGGCAUUCCUAGGCGAACUCCCCUACCUUGAAGAGGUGGAGAUCACGGAUUGCCCGGACCAACGUCGCUGGCAACCUGACGGUAUCUGCGAUGAGGACACGCUCUACCAGUCUUCUAGCGUCAGUCUGGAUCUCUUCCGCGCUAUGGCGCCCUCUGCGUUCAGGCUCGACGGCGUUUAUGCGCCACUCGUCCCAAUGCUGCGCAGGUUCUACUUCCAAGGUCCUAUGACAAAGGCCUUCGCGGAAGAUGACAUGAGCGCCAUCCUCGAUCGUCUCUGUCAGUCCAGGACAGACAAACCACUAGUCGUCGUCAUGCAUGGUGUAGGGACAUGGGGCUAGUGCUGUCUGCCAGUGGGGAAGGUACUUCUACUGACUGAAUGGUCGCGUAGAAACAGGCAAGCCGUGGAGGGCAUGAUCAGAUGGGGUGGCGGUUUGGGGCAAGCGCGUAGACCACGGCACGCUAACGCGCAUAGGCAUGGUACGUUGAACUUCGACAUGGUUGAUAUUCAACUCAAAGCAGUGUCCCAGCAUUCUACGUAUGAUACAGAAGCCACUUCCAAUUCCUUCCAUUUUCUAUCCAUUUACUACCACAGACGUUCGUUAGCCAUGUCCGAAGAUGAAUAGAUGCGCAACGUACCGUGAUAACUGUAGGCUUGUCGCGGCCGAGGAACUCCUUCAACUUGCUGAU